CUCGUGCUGAAGGGUAGCCUUUAGGCCCUUGACAGUACUGGAGUACUGCAGUGGUUGACUCCCUGUGCCGCCCGACAUGCAAACUGGGGGCGUCUCCAAACGCCAGGGAGCUGCGUGGCUCAGUCUUGCGUGUGCGUGGAGGUGUGACUCACAAUGAGCCACUCCCCUACCCGCCCAUCUCUCGCACGGGUCGGCAGCCGACGCACAGCGACCAGCAUAGACCACAAUUGACGGCUUGUGUUGCGUUGUGUGUCAGGUUGGGACAGCGUCCUCUGCAGACGAGGGAGGGCAGCAGCCGACGAUGCUGUCGCCGACCGCUGCGGCGCGUGUCACACCGUCGAGCCGGCGGUCCAGCAAACUGGACCGCAGCUCCACAAAGAAACUUGCCAUGGUACGAGUGCACCCAGUCUCGCGCCAAUCAGCGGUGUCUUCCAUGUGUGUGUACGUCUGUCUGUCGCCUGGCUGCAGAUGAUAGAGAAGGAAGACGAUGAAAUGGUGUCUGUCAUGCGGCGGCGGCAGGUAUUGUUUGCAAUGGGACUCCGUGUGUUGUGUGUGUGUGUGCGUGUGCGUAUGUGUGGCGCGGGUCCAUUUGUCUGGGCCUUUCCGUGUGUGUGCCAACAGAGCAUGUUCCAGAGCCAGAUCCAGGAGCUCGAGGAGACGCUCGCUGAGAGGGACGACGAGAUCGAGCGGCUGCAGGUGGGCAGCAAGAGAGAGACAAGCAGCACUGCUUCACCCGAUGGAUGGCUGCGUGCAGGGGAGGACUCGUGAGUUGGAGGAGAAUGGUGCGGCGCUCGAGGACAGGAACGGGCAGCUGGAGGAGAGUCGGCAGGACUGGGAGGACAAGGCGCGGGCCUGGGAGGACAAGUGCCACGAGUGGGAGGGCAAGAGCCACCAGUGGGAGAAGAACAGCAACGAAUGGGAACGGAAGAGCGGAGACUUCCAAGCCAAGUGGCAGAACACCGAGGCCAAGUGGCACGCGGCCGAGGAGCGCGCACACUCGCUGGAGGAAAAGCUUCACGAGGCAGAGGUAGCUGAGCUGCAUGGAACAUCACACACACGCACCAGGUCCCCCUCCCUCCCUCCCUCCCUGCCUGCGGGUGGCAUGAAUGAAUAAUGACCAUCUAUGUAUGUGUGCAGGACGAGCGUGACAGCCUGCGUCGGAAGUUGGGCGAGAAGGAUGGCCAGUUCAGCGAGGAGAGGAAGCAGCGGGUGGCGUGUGAGGACAGGCUGGAGGAGGCGCAGAGCCAGCUGCAGGAGAAGACGCUGCAGAUCCAGAGCCUCGAGGGCAAGCUGUUGCGCGCUACGGAGGCGGGAUCGCAGCACCAGCGUACCCACGAGGAGGACAUGCAGCGGAUGCACGAAACACACGACAAACAGGCACAGGAAAUACAAAAGGUGUGGUCUGGUGUGGUGUGGUGUGGUGUGUCGGUGCCCACACACAAAGGAGGAGACACAUGCUGGCGUGCAGCCCACGUCCUACUAUCAUCUCUUUCUCCCUCUGUGACUCCUCGUCUGUCUGUCUCAGGGUCGUGAGGCGUGCACCAAGCUGUCCAUAGAGGUUCAGAACCUUGCUGUGCGCAUGCGUGAGACGGAGGAGAAGCACGUGGCGGAGAUCCGCCGCUUGGAGGGGCUGCUUGACCAGGCGCACCAGGACCUUGAGAAGGAGCGUCACUCCAACACGGCCCUCAUCAGCAGUCAGGAGGAGCUGCGCCAGAGCAUGUGGGACGAGAAGCGGAAGGACACAGAGGAGAAGCAGACACUCAAGGCGCAGCUGACCAUGAAGGCCGAGGAGGACAAGGAAAGCGUCAAGCAGCAGAUGGAGGCAAAGCUCAACACCACGGUGGACGAGUUCCAGCAGGAGAGGAUGCGCCUCAAUGACCAGAUCACUCAGCUCCGCAACGACCUGGCCAUGGAGCGACAGCGGUGCAUAUCACUCGACGAGGCACGGGAGACGCUUGAACGAGGUCAGACUCCACUUCCAGUGCAUCCCGGCUGAACACACAUGACAUGCGGACGUCUCUCUUUUCGGUCGCUCAGAUUUGAGUGGUGAGCGGCGCCGUGGUGCCUCGCUUGACGAGUUGGUGGCCAACCUGCGCAGCACACUCGACCAGCUCACCCGUGAGAAGCAGGACAUCGAGGCCAGCGUUGUGGCAUCGCAUCAGAAACUGAACACCACUGAAGCACAGUUCAAGGGUAACUAAGGCACGGAAGGAGAAAUGACAGACAGCCACAUCAUGACAUGCCUCAAGCGCACCCCUUCUGCUGAUUGCCUCACGUGUGCAGACGCCCAGCGCCGCCACUCAUUGGAGCUGGAGCGCAUCCAUCAGCAGCAGGCACAGACGCUGAGGUCGUCUGCCGACGACAACCACAAGCGUCUCACACAAAUGGGGCAGGAGCACGCCACACAAGUGAGUAGGGGACUUGGUUCUGCCUUCGCUCUCGACGACUUGGCUGUGGACGAGCUCUUUGGUCAGAUCGACGACUUGAGAAGCCACCACGCGGCCGACUUGAAGAAGGUGCUGGAGGAGUACGAGGUGGCGGUGCAGAACGUGCGGCUGGAGAGCGACAGGCAGAUGUCCGCCGUGCAGAAGCAGCACAGCAAGGAGAUCGACGAAAUCACCGCGGCACACCACAGCGCACUGCAGGACAUGCGCAACGAAAUGAGCCGGCUGCAGAACGUGAGAUAAACACCACAGCAGGGAGGGAGGGUGGCUCAAGGUGACUAUUGUAAGUUGUGUGUGGUUGGGGCGUAGGAGUUGUAUGACGAGCGCCAGCGGCAUCAGCUGCGACUGGAGGCCGAGGCUUUGGAAUAUCGGCGAAAGGUGGGCGUUCCCUAACAUGCUCACCACUCAUGAAGCCAUCCAUGUGUGUCAGGAUGAGGAGACGAAUGAGCUCAUCGGCAAGCUCAAGCACAUGGAAACCAAGAUCUUGCCCGACAUGAAGAAGAAACUUGAGGUAAGUCGCCGACCUCCCUCGUGCUAUCGACCUACCUGUGUCGUCUUGCUGCUCGUACGUUGCAGGAGACGGGCAUCGAGGCCAUGUCAGUGCGGCAGCAGCUCGAGUCGGCCCGGCGGGACGCGGAGGAGCACAGGCUGGCCGCCAUCGCAUCAAAGGAGCAGCUAACCGAUCACCUGAAGAAGUAGCCAAGCACACAACAAUAAAUGGUGUGGCAGGCAUUUUAGCGAUUGGCCUUUGUGCUGUUAACACAGGGCCGACUUUCAGCUGACGGAGUUGCAGGGUGAGCUGUCUCGCGCCAAGAGCGAGAACGUCUCCCUGCAGGCCCAGCUGGAGACGCUCCGCUCCUACGUCAAGACACGCGCCGAGGCGCAGAGCCCCACCGUUCUGCAGAAGUCCAUCGACGACCGCAAGGAGGUGCAGGCGGCCGAGAGGGCCGCUGAGCUCCAGAGGGCACGCGACGAAAACGUGCAGCUCAGGAGACGGAUUGAAGACCUCGUGAGCGAAGCGAGAUAGGCACAACCAGACAUUGGUGUCUGCUGCUCACCUGUUUGGUCGUCCGUCCGUCUACUGGCAUACAUGCAGGAGACGCACAACGAGCGGUUGCGCUACGUAGUGGACGCCAACCAGCAGAAUCUGGACAAGAUCACCUCACCCAAACUGGGAGAUCGGGACACUGUCGGACAGACCGGAGAGGUCAGUCAGUCAGUCAGUCACUCAGUCAGUCAGUCAGUGGGCGGCAGGGAGGGAGGGAGGGAGGGCUAGGCUGCCUUCCCAUCAUCAUCCAUCGCCCUGUGUUUGCUCAUGAAUCGGUCAGGUUGCCCGCUUGGCUGCCUUGUUGUCCCGCAAGGAGAAGCAGGUCGCCGACAUGCUCUCUGAGAAAUCCAGGAUACAGUGCCAGCUGGUGGUAAGAUAGAUAAGGCAAGCAAUGUGCCCCUCUCGGGAGGCGCGGCUGGAGACGUACGUGCGUGGUGCACAUCAGGAGAAGACCGCCGAAUGUGAGCGUCUGCGCCGCCAGUUGGAGGCGCAACAGCACAGCCUAUCAACCAUGGUAGGCUGCCACACUGUCUGUCAAUGGAUGGCUUUCUUUGCCACCGAAGGCAUCCCUUCCUCCCUCCCUCCCUCCCUCCUGCCACACUGUGUGCAGGAGCUGCAUGAGAAGAAUGUUGAGUGUCAGCAGCUGAGGAACCAAGUGGACAGCCUCAAGGAAGAAGUGGAACGACUGCAUGUAUGUGGACACACACACACACACAUGCGCACACACGCACACACGUGUGCAUUCUCUCUCUCUCUCUCUCUCUCUGUCUCGUGUGUGUGUGUGCGCCUCUGUGUGUCUCUUGUACAGGGCGAUCGCAUGAGGCUGAUGGACAUCAGCAACCAGCUGCGCGCCGAGCUGAAGCGGGUGCUCCGUGCCCAGGAGGAGAUGGGCACCUCCGCCGCCACACAGCCCCAAGCCCCCCUGCCUGGCGUGUCGUCUCCUGGCUUCGUGAUGCCCCCUCCCGCCUACCAGCCGUCAUCCUACCCCCCCUACCCAUACAGCCCGCCACACACAUCAAACAAGUACGCAGGAUGGUCGGUCGUAGUAGACACACCCAUCCCACACAUGGAAUGUGUGUACCGCUUGUGUGCUCCGGCAGGCUGCAGCAGAAGAUCGAGGAGUGGGCUCAACCAACAUACACCAACAUACACACAUGACAUGUCUUGUCGUGUGAUGGUUUCUCCUUCCCCCUCGGGGGCCUGUCUGGCUGUCCGUCAGGUUUCAGAAGUCGCUGUCUGCUCUUCAGGAGACCAUCGACGUCGCGCCCAUCUCACGAUCCAAACGGACAGGCACACAAUGCUGCAUGCCGUGUCUCUCACUACUGCCACCAUCACGUGUGUAUCCGUGUCUCCCUCCCUCCCUCCCUCCCUCGCUCCCUCCCUCCCUCUGUAGGUGCCCGCAUGUAUCCCACGGUUGGUACUGAGGAGGACGACGCCGACGCCUCGCCCCUGCCGCGAAGCAAGGCCAAUGGGCGAAAGGGCCGCAGAGCCAUCGAUGUUGCCCUGCCACCCACACAGACACCCAGCCCCGCUCGCAGACUGACGGGUGCCGCAGCUAGCGGCCCUUCAUCCUCCUCACGCGCCAAGUCUGCGGGCAGGACGCGACCCAGGGGUCCCUCCGACUACGUACGAGUCUGUCAUAUGUAUAAGGCACACAAGGCUUCCGUGUGAGCGCAUCUGGGGUUUGUUGUGUCUCUCUCUGCUCGCUGCGUGUCGGGUGCAGACGGUGCCUGGCGGGCGGCCUUUCUGAUUGAUUGCCUGGACGAGAGCAAGGCUGGCUGUUUACAAGUAUGGGCUGGUUGAUCCCAUUGCACUGCAUGGACGAGCGUCGAUCACUGCUUGAGUGAAUGAGCGGAUAAAUGGGACAGACAGACAGACGAGUCGAUCUGCCUCUACCAAACGCCAUGUGACCUCAAUCAUCAUACGCAC